AUUAAAUUAAAAAUCUAGACUUCCGUUUUCAUAAUGUUUCAAAUGUAUAUGGGAGACGUUUUCAAAACGUCAUAUAUUUUUUUUAAAUAAUGGAUUUUUGUAAGGUUGCUUUUAGAAGGGUCAUAACACAAUUUCGCAUAUGCAAACGUACAAAUUGUACUCAAAAUUUUACUUACUUUAAUACUAACCAUAAAAAUUCUUAUGCGAAUAAUUAUCCUAACAAAUUCAGUUCAUUGUGUGGACAAAAAUUACCCAGUUAUGAGAAUACAAACAUCCACAAUUUUGCUAACGGUUAUUUUAAAAAAUUUUAUUCUAACAAAGCGACAUCGAACCAGACUUCGAUCUUGAAGAAACUCAUUGUAGGAGGAGUCCUUGUUGGAUCUGUCACUUAUCUAAUUAACAAAAACAAUAUUCCCGUGGGAGUAUAUAAAAAUGGUUUACCUGAGUACACAAAGGAUCAACUCGCUCAACAUAAAACAAAAGAAACAAGAAUUUGGGUGUCGUACAAACAAGGCGUUUACGAUGUCACAGAUUAUGUUAAGCACCAUCCCGGCGGUGAGGACACUCUUAUGAUGGCGGCUGGGGGAGCAUUGGAACCGUAUUGGGCUGUAUACACCCAACAUCAAGUCGAUAGUGUCUUUAGUGUGUUAGAAAAGUACCGAAUAGGCAAUUUGAAACCGUCAUCGGUAGUACCAAAGAAUGUUUGUUAUGCUGCCGACGGUCCUGGCGGCGCUUUCGAACACGAACCGCAUAGGGAUCCGAGGUUGAUACCUAUCUCCGAACGACCUUUUAAUGGAGGAGUGAAAGCAGCCCUUUUAGCGGAAAACUACUAUACCCCCAAUGAAAUAUUUUACGUACGAAACCAUUUACCUGUUCCUUAUAUAAAAGAAGAAGAUUAUAAACUAACAAUAGAAGUAGAAGGAAAAGGCUCGAAAACAUUUACUUUAGACGAUUUGAAAAAACUACCGCGAAUAACUAGAACGCUUUCCCUGCAAUGCGGGGGUUUAAGAAGACAAGAAAUGACCGAAUUUUUGAAAAAGGACACGCAAGGUGUAAAAUGGGAAAUUAAUGGUGUAGGCAACGCAACUUGGACCGGAGUACUGCUCAUUGACGUUUUAAAAGCAGCCGGCUAUGACGAAAGUAUGGAAGGAUUAGAACAUUUACAGUUUACUAGUGGCAUGUCAGUUGGAGGCCCGUACAUAACAGGUCUUCCAAUACACAGAGUGUUAAAUCCUAAAAAUAACGUGAUGUUAGCAUGGGAGAUGAACGGAAAAAAACUUCAUCCUGAUCACGGGUUCCCAUUGAGGGUCAUAGUACCUGGAGUGAUAGGUGCAAAAUCGGUAAAACAAAUAGAAAAAAUCGAAGUUCGAAAAGAAGAAUGUCAGGCGCAUUGGCAUAAAAAACUUUAUAUAUAUUUUGGUCCGUAUGUUACACUCGAAAAUGUCGAUUACACCUCUUUAUCACCCGUACAAGAAUUACCCGUAAUAUCUGCUAUAUUUUCGCCUGCUCAUGGAGAAACUGUAUCGCCAACCGGCGGGAAGAUUACAGUAAAAGGUUUCGCAUUCUCAGGAGGCGGUAACAAAAUUGCGAGAGUGGAAGUUAGCAUAAACAGAGGAAAAACUUGGAUGCCCGCCAAAAUAACCGAUGCCGGAAAAGAUCCGGUUCCGUAUCAUUUUACUUGGACUCUUUGGCAGGUCGAUGUACCAACAAAUGGAAAAAACUGCGUUGAUUUGUGGGUGAAAGCUGUAGAUUCUUCGUGCAAUGUACAACCGGAAAGUUGGGAACACAUUUAUAAUAUUAGGGGGGUCGCCUGUACUGCUUUCCACAAAAUCCGGGUAAACGUAAAAUAAAAAAAAAACAUAAAUUUAUUGUUUAUUUAACUAAAUAUAACUACAAACUGUUA